GCAGCGAAAUCACUCAGCGAUUAAAAGCGGAGACAGAAGCACGCGCAGGAAGCAGGAGCGACCCAGUGGUUUCGUCGUUUCCCCCCUUUCCACGACUGAAAUUCAGGGGAAAAUACUUUGAUUUCUUCAGAGAAAUUCAAUCGAAAAGUACAGCCCUUGGACCACAGAUUUUUUAUACAACGAAAGUCUCUUGGUUCUUCUACGUCCGGUGGAUUCGAGCUAGUUAACAGUCUUCAGCUCCCAGCGAGAGAAAGGGCGUGUGGAUUUUGGGCAGUAGCUUAGCUUCCGUGCUCUCUUUUUUUAAAUCUUGCAUGUUGAGGUCGUGCACAUUUACUGUUUAUAUUUUAACGACGUUCGGAGGAUUCGUGCGACGAUGGGGUGCACCUUGAGCACGGAAGACAAGGCGGCCGUGGAACGCAGUAAAAUGAUCGACAGGAACCUGCGGGACGACGGGGAGAAAGCCGCGAGGGAGGUCAAGUUACUUCUGCUUGGUGCUGGAGAGUCGGGGAAAAGCACGAUCGUGAAACAGAUGAAGAUUAUCCAUGAAGCCGGGUACUCGGAGGAGGAGUGCAAGCAGUACAAGGCGGUGGUCUACAGCAACACCAUCCAGUCCAUCAUCGCCAUCAUCCGCGCCAUGGGCCGCCUCAAGAUCGACUUCAGCGACCCCGCGCGGGAGGACGACGCGAGGCAGCUGUUCGUCCUGGCGGGAUCGGCGGAGGAGGGCUUCAUGACGGCCGAGUUGGCGGGUGUCAUCAAGCGGCUGUGGAAGGACGGGGGCGUGCAGGCCUGCUUCGCGCGCUCGCGCGAGUACCAGCUCAACGACUCGGCCGCAUACUACCUGAACGACCUGGACAGGAUAUCCCACGCCACCUACAUCCCCACGCAGCAGGACGUCCUGCGGACCCGCGUCAAGACCACCGGCAUUGUGGAGACGCACUUCACCUUCAAGGACCUGCACUUCAAGAUGUUCGACGUGGGCGGCCAGCGGUCGGAGAGGAAGAAGUGGAUCCAUUGCUUCGAGGGCGUGACCGCCAUCAUCUUCUGCGUGGCGCUCAGCGACUACGAUCUCGUCCUGGCCGAGGACGAGGAGAUGAACCGGAUGCACGAGAGCAUGAAGCUCUUCGACAGCAUCUGCAACAACAAGUGGUUCACCGACACCUCCAUCAUCCUCUUCCUCAACAAGAAGGACCUGUUCGAGGAGAAGAUCAAGAGAAGCCCGCUGACCAUCUGCUACCCGGAGUACACAGGGUCCAACACGUACGAGGAGGCCGCCGCUUACAUCCAGUGCCAGUUUGAGGACCUGAACAAGAGGAAAGACACCAAGGAGAUCUACACCCACUUCACCUGCGCCACCGACACCAAGAACGUCCAGUUCGUCUUCGACGCCGUCACCGACGUCAUCAUCAAGAACAACCUGAAGGACUGCGGCCUGUUCUAGAGCCCGCGCUUUUUACGGAGCUGAAGAGACCAACUCAACGUGCAUUUCUUGGGGGGAGGGGGGGGGAAUCAACAUGCGUAAGGAAAAUUGACCAAUCACGGACCAGUACUGUACUAUACACCGGGUUUUAUAGGUUUAUUUAUGUGUUUUUUGUUUUCUCUUAUUUUUAUUUUUUUUUGGACAUUAGAAAACUUUGUAUAGGAUGUUGUAUAGUAACUCUUGUAACUGUUGUUGGCUCCCUCCCUCCUCAAAUAUUUUUUAAGGAAAUUUUAAUUUUUGUUUAGGUUUUUUUUUUUGUUGUUUUUUCCCCCGCAAAGGUGGAAAUUUUUCUUGACCUAUCCGAGGCGGUAGGAAGAGAGGGGACUUGGCCUGAGUCUAGUUUUUAGGUAUUUGUGCCUUUUCGCAUGUUCUUUCACAGUACUUGUUAAUGCAUCGUUUUGCCUGCUUAAUCGUCUCAACAAAGCGUGAAAGUGUAAAGUUGAAUAUUUAAUAACCCCCCUCCCCCUUCUCCAACCGCUCGUGUGUGCAAGCUGACACCAGGAGCCGUUCCAGCAUGUAGUUUAACCAAACUUCCACACGGACUGUCCAUUUUUCGUCAGGAUAAAAAAAAAAAAAAAGGUCACAUUUUACACCAUAGUUGUUAUUCACCGUUUGCUGGUCGCCCAACAGGGUUCAGUUUCGGUCGAAUCGCUCGACCGUUCUCACCCCCUCUUCCGUGGGAGUCCUCUGGGGGCCUUUGCUUAGCUGCCCGUGGACAUGCCCGGAAAUUGGCUGCCACGAUUACACGACGGUACCGAGCACACACACACAGACGGACGGACACACACGCACACACGCACGCACGCACGCACACUGAAUGAAUUGGUCGUGACCGUGCUUUGGCUCUGGCUUCCUUUGAGCAGUUUGCCGUUGGUCACAUCACCUGAAACGAGCCAAUGGGGCACGGCUGGAAGUGCUGAAACGGUUUGGGGAAAUUUCCGGUCGUCUUGUUUUACGCUACUUAUUUUACUUGGGUUUUAACAGGGAAAAGGCGGCUAUAGUCUCACGGGGCAGGAAGCUUCUGGAAGCUUCUAAAUGGCUGCCUCAUUGUAUAAUCUGGACUUUUAAUUCUGCAAAAAAAAAAAAAAGGUGGUCAUCUGGAAGAGGGCGACUGCGCAAUUCUUUUUAAAAACACGCUGCAAAAUGACGAAGACUCGAUGGAGAAACGGAGGAGAGCAAACGAAAGGAAAAGCCAACACCUGUCUGUGAUGGAGAGAUGUCCUCUCUGUGCCCGUGUUCUAUGUGGAAGAGGAACAUUUGUACACUCAUCUCCCUUAUUUUGCUAAUAAAAAUGUAAACUUGA